AUGUCGUCGGAGAACAAGGAAGUCGAUUACACUCUGGCCAACCCAGAUACCCUCACCAAGUACAAGACCGCCGCUCAGAUCUCUGAGAAGGUCCUUGCUGAGGUUUCCAAGCUCGUCGUUCCUGGUGCUAAGAUUGUCGAUAUCUGCCAGCAGGGAGACAAGCUCCUCGAGGAAGAGAUCUCCAAGGUCUACCGAGGAAAGAAGAUCAAUAAGGGUUUCUCCCACCCCACCACCGUCUCCCCUUCGUCCUACGUCACCCCCUACACUCCCCUCACCUCCGACGAGGCUGAGGCCAGCACCGAAAUCAAAGAUGGCGAGGCUAUCAAGAUCCAGCUUGGUGCACAAAUCGACGGUUUCGGUUCCAUUGUUUGUGACACCGUCAUCGCUACCCCCGAAGACAAGGCCGGCGAGAAGAUCACUGGCCGCACUGCCGAUUUGGUCCUUGCCAACUACUACGUCAACGAGGCCCUCCUGCGAUUGAUGAUCCCCCCUGGUCUCCUGACCCAAGGCUCCGAUGAGGAGAAGGCCAAGGCUGCUGCCCAGAAAGCCCCUACACAGGCCAAGAUCACCAGCCUCCUGGAGAAGAUUGCCAAGGCCUACGAUGUUAACAUUGUCGAGAGCACCACCUCGUGGCUCUUCGAUCACAAUGAGAUCGAAGGCAGCAAGAAGAUCGUCCUUUCCCCUUCAGAGGGCUCCAAGGGUGAGGGUGUUCCCGAGAUUGGUGAGGUUUGGGGUGUUGAGGUCGGUGUCAGUCUGGGCUCCGGCAAGGUCAAGUCCAUUGACCAGCGUGCCACCCUUCACCGCCGCACCAACCAGACUUAUGGUCUGAAGCGACCUACUUCGCGCAAGAUCCUCAACGAGGUCCAGAAGAAGUUCGGUACCUUCCCCUUCAGCUUGCGACAGCUGGAGGAUGAGCGUGAUGCCAAGUCUGGUGUUGUCGAGUGUGUCCGAGGAAAUGUCUUCCGCCAAUACGAGCUCGUUGGCGACAAGGACAACUCUCCUGUUGCCCGAUACCUUACAACCUUUGUUGAUACUGACAUGAAGUCAAGCUAUUACCAAGAACGCCUGAUACUGAUCAACUAUGAAUGCAUUUGUGAUUCAAAUCUGGGGCGACUUGUUUGUGAUGCAUCCAUUGAUAGGAAGUCGUCGGGAAGGCCAAGACUCGCAGGAUGGUACGAGGGCGGGCGAUGGUCGCAGCAAGCUGGCAUGUCUGUUGCCAACAGUAGUGCAUUCGCCUGCCCAGGGUUGGUGACCAACUCGGCGUCAAUCACAAUGCGGGAUGUCUGCUCAUGGUGCAGGCCACCUGACUGCACAAGGACUGCGAAAAAGAAAGAGGGCACUGUUGGGUAA